AUGACUCUCUCUCCAGAAUUCAACCCCAUGCGUACCCGCUCCCGAUCUCACAACACCGAUCCUGACACCAAUGAGACGCCUAAUCCAGACCAGCUACAACCACUACCCGAGGACCCCUUUGCAUUGAAUGACGAAGCUUUGAGCGACCACCUGGAUACGAAGGACGUUGGCGAUCGUAAAACGGCUUCUGUGAACAAUGAGACAGCUUCUUCUCUUCCUUCGUCCAUAUCUCAAAAAGCGAAAAAAGACGACACCUUAAAAAGUGAGUGGAUGGAUGAUGUGGAACAACACCAAGAAGCUGUUAUUAAUGCUGUUCGUGUCAAUACAAUAGUAGACGAGAUCGAUUUGAAAGUUUUUGAAUUUGACCCAGACCCGCCCCGGAAACGAGGUCGACCGCGAAAGAGGAAGCUUGGCAACAGCAUCAAUGACACUUUAUCCAAUGAUACAUCCACUCUGAAGAGCACGCAGCAUGAAUCAAAAGCGGCCGUGGACAUCGUUUCCAAAGCUGAAGAUCGCAAAGAAAAGGAACCUGUUGAUAACAAAGAGGCUGCUCAAGUGAUCGAGAACAAAGAAACCAAGGACACCCAUGCCGAAGAACCAGUGAAGCGCCGUGGAAGAAAGAAAAAGACACCAACACCCACAAAAAAGCCAUCUCCACGGGGUGCUCCACGCAACAAUGCUGCUGCUGCUGCUGCUGACACUGAUACCAAGCCAUCGUCGACGACUCCUAUCAAGUGGACUCUGCCACAUUUGCUUCAUAACAAAGACAGCAUGUUGACCACCGCUGUUAAUUUAAAGAACAAUGUCACCAUGGAUCUGAUCAACAAGUUGCCAGAGAAAGAUCGAGAUGAACUUUUGAAACUUCUUCCUCCUGCCGAUAUUGAUUUCGUCAAGCGUAACCAUGAUGAUGAGGAUGACACUUCCAGCAGCAUAAUAGUCGCCAAAUCGCUUGAUGAGCAUGAACAAUUAUCCAAUCAACCAGAAACAUACAAGCCUAUCAUAUCUCAACGGCUGAUAAGUCCUUCAUUUACUCAAGCUAUCGAAGACUUUCAGGUGAAUCUUCAACAUGGUCGCUAUGACAACAAUCCAAAGCCAGCAACCGGAAGAGGAAGAAAACGAAAGGAGGUGGUGGUAGAGGAACAACACGAUGAUUUCAAGGAUGAGCAUUUUGAAGCUUAUUGGGGUGAGCGGUUAAAGAAGCGAUCCAAGAAAGGUACUGGUGGACGUCGAUGA